UAUACCACUUCGUUCAUUGUUUUAAAGCGCCAUCUAUUCUAUUGUGAAAAGAUGGUGAAAUGGAAGUUAUUCGAAUAUUGCUGCCAAGCGAUCACCUCCAAGCGAUCGUUGAAGGAUUCUAAUUCAGUCGAAACUGUGACCAGAUUGUACAGUUUAUCUGGGUGAAUUGCCAGCUUGAAGAUUUGGGUAGACGGCGCAAACAAUAAUCAUCAAUUAUAAAUACAAUCAUGGAGUCCACGUCAGUGUCGCAAUUGAUAUCAAGUGCAGUCUACAACUUGGUUACUGAAAAUGUAGCCUUCAGUAAAUGCAUAGAAAUAGAUGGCAUUAUAUGUGUUUCUCCUGGGGACCAAUCACAAGAUAUUGUGAUAAAGAUGCAUCAGGUUUUCGUCAAACCAAAACAAUCUGUAAAAACCAGCUUUAAGGACUCCAUCCUGGUUGAGAAGAAUAUGGAGCCUGGACCUGUUAUCAUCAAUAAAGUAGGUGAACACACAUUUGAUGUCACAAAAGUAAAACCCGCCAUAGCAAAAUCAGUAAAGCGUAAAAAACGACCAAAAUAUCGUCUGAGUCUUGGAAGAAAGAAGGGUAGAUAUAGAACUAUUAAAUCUAUGGAACAAGUUGAUGAUGAUUCGGUAAUGGAUAAUGCCUGUCGUCAUGGUGAUGGUACAGAUGGUAUUGACACAUUAUAUAAUGGAAUCAAGAUCAAAGAGGAAAUAGAAUCUGAGCCUGAAAUACAUAGAGAAUAUGACAUGACUAAUACAAGCUGCUCAAUUAAUGAAGAUAAUACUGAAAAUGAUAUAACCAAUUAUGAUAAUAUGGACAUAACUGGUGAAAUCAGUGACAGCACCAUCAUUCAAAAUGAACAUGAAAAUCCUCUUGAAGAUGAAACUAAAAGUGUAAUGUUUGCAAAUGUCAUCAAAACAGAACAAGAAAUCACUAUAACAGAUGAUAAACAAAUAACUUUAGAUACAUGUGAUGAACAAGAUGAUGGUGAUGCUAAUGCUGAUGAUGAAGAUGUUGGUGAUGCUAAUGCUGAUGAUGACAAUGAUGACAUUGCUAAUGAUUCAGAUGGUGAAGAUGAAGAUUGGUUGAUUGAAGGCAAUCAGCAUAAAGUUGCAUCCAGCUCAAAAACAGAUGGCCAUCCAGCUCCAAAUCUGAUCGUAAAAGGACCCGCUAUUACAAGUACCACCACCCAAGACAAGAAGGACAUAGCUAAUGGUAGUCUACACAUGAAAAACACCAAGCAAGCAUUAUUUUAA